UCACACCGGAGCCCCGUAGAGAACAAAACUGAUGACCAGACUCUUACUGAAAUAACGCCAGCACUGUGAUAACGGGGCAGACUCUCGUUUAAGUUCAGAUUUUGGGAGGUUCGGCGCGUACCUUAGACCGUGGAACAUCCUACAGAAGCUUGUGUGGUGUCGUGAUUUUAUAGUGGAACUAUUUUUAACAAUUUUUUUGCAAUAUACUAUUUUGGUUAUUCUGCACCUUGACACUUUUGACUCAAGACAUAAUUGCUAAACGAUUUUUAAUCUUCUUUUUUAAAACUUCAAUUCUCUGGUGACUCAAUCAUCACUAUGCAUGAGUCAUUAAGCCCCGGGCUUCCCCGGUUUCUCUUUUAUUGAUCCGCGUCUGAGCUGCUCCGAUAACAGCCAAAAGACAAGAUGAGACAACUUAAGGACCAUGUCUCCACAUAGGAACUGGAGACGAGCUUUUAUUGUUAUUUAGGUUGUGGUGACAGUGAGAGACAGGUUGAUCGUGAUGGAUGUGAGAUGUCGAUUACUCUUCACCGUCUGCUCGCUGCUGCUGAUCGCGUGUAGUGACGGCUCUCCGUUCACCGACUGCAUUCAGAGCAAAGGGAAAGCGGGCUUUUACGAGGGAUCCAUAGACUCAACCGAAUCAGGCGUGAAAUGCAUGAACUGGAGCGAUGUGCCCGGUGUUAUAGAGCGGUAUCCGGGGAAAGGGCUUGGGGAUCACAGCUUCUGUCGGAACCCGGACGGAAGAAUUCGACCGUGGUGUUUCUUCCCAAACAGCCGAGGACGCAUAGACUGGGGGUACUGCGACUGCAAGCAAGGUUCUUUGCGACUACAAGGAGGCAGAUCCAAGCUGGAUGGUACAGUAGAAGUGUAUCUGAAUGGUGUGUGGGGAACCAUCUGCAGUAAUGACUGGGAUGACCGAGAUGCCGCUGUGGUGUGUCGACAGCUGGGACAGGGCUAUAGAGCGCGUGCACGUGUGAGUCCUCUGUCGCGUCUGGUGGUUUCUGUUGUUCACUGGCAGACUGUGGGCUGUGAUGGACAGGAAGAGGACUUGCUGCAGUGCAAUCGCACCGUCUGGAAUGGGGGAGAGUGUGUUAACCAUCAGGCAGCUGCCGUCUCUUGCACGCCAGUAGAGGCUUCAGUGUUUGUCCCGGUACGUCUCUCUGGUGGGCCAUCAACAUAUGAGGGCAGAGUAGAGGUGUAUCAUGCAGGACAGUGGGGAACAGUGUGUGAUGACCAAUGGGACGAUAACGAUGCUGAGGUGGUCUGCAGGCAGCUGGGUUUGGGGGGCAUUGCUAAGGCUUGGGUGGGAGCAUAUUUCGGCGCAGGCUCAGGGCGAAUAUUGUUGGAUGAGGUGAGCUGCACAGGAAAUGAGCUUUCCAUAGAGCAGUGUCCAAAAACCGCCUGGGGGGAGCACAACUGUGAUCACACAGAAGAUGCUGGAGUAUCUUGCAUCCCACUUACAGAUGGUGCAGUGCGUCUAGCUGGGGGUGUGAAGGGAUAUGAGGGGAGACUUGAGGUUCAUUAUAGAGGUCAGUGGGGGACCGUGUGUGAUGAUGGCUGGACAGAGACCAACACACAGGUCGUCUGCAGGCAGCUGGGCUUCAGGUCAGGGGAGAGUGUGUCGGCAGGGCGGUUCGGGGUGGCGGUGGGUCCCAUUCUCCUGGAUGAUGUCAGGUGUACAGGAAAAGAGCCCACAGUCACACACUGCAGCCGGAGGAGCUGGUUCAAACAUGACUGUACUCACGACCAAGACGUAGCCAUUGUAUGCAACCCUCAACGCUCGAGACACGGAGUGCCCACCAGUGUACCUGUGAGACUGGUGGGCGGAGAGAAUGAGAGAGAGGGGCGUGUGGAAAUCCUGGUGGCUGGCCAGUGGGGGACUGUUUGUGAUGACGGAUGGACGGAUCGGGAUGCAGAGGUGGUGUGCAGACAGCUGGGUUACAGUGGGCUGGCUAAAGCUCGUGUAAUGGCGUAUUUUGGAGAAGGUGAGGGGCCUAUUCACACUGACAACGUAAAGUGCACGGGUGGGGAACAUUCCCUGAUUGACUGUAUCAAACAGCCGUUUGGGACACACAAUUGUCGCCAUAGCGAAGAUGCCGGCGUUAUUUGUAACUAUGGGUUACAGAAGGAUUCUCCUGAGGUCAAAGAGGCGGUGGGCUCCAUGUGUGGUCUAAGACCCUCUCAUACCCGUCAGAAGAGAAUAAUAGGAGGGGAGAACUCGCUACGUGGAGGCUGGCCGUGGCAGGCAGCUGUGCGCUUGCGAGGGUCUCAGGCAGAUGGACGCUUGGUAUGCGGGGCCACUUUGAUCAGCAGCUGCUGGAUCCUCACCUCUGCCCACUGCUUUAAGAGAUACGGUAACAGCACUGGGCUGUAUAAAGUUCGUGUGGGUGAUUAUCACUCUCUGGUUCCUGAGGAGUAUGAGGAAGAGUACGCAGUGGAUAAGAUCGUCCUUCACCCGCGCUACCGCGCUGACAGCAAUGACUACGACCUGGCACUGGUGCGUGUGUCUGGCCACAGAGCUCACAGGGGUGUCACGGGCGGCUGCGUCACACUGAGCCGCUUCGUGCUGCCCGCCUGCCUGCCAGUGCGGAGGGAGAAAGUGCCAAAGGGCAUUGCCAACUGCUACAUCACAGGCUGGGGAGACACAGGUCGUGCAUAUUCAAAAACUCUUCAGCAGGGUUCGAUUUCUGUUUUGAGCAAGCGUCAGUGUGAGCAGCGCUAUUCCGACCAGUUCACCAGUCGCAUGCUGUGCGCCGGCUCGUCCCACGAUGACCACCGCGUGGACAGUUGCCGUGGAGAUAGCGGCGGUCCGUUGGUGUGCGAGAGGCCGAGUGGAAGUUGGGUCGUCUAUGGGGUCACAUCAUGGGGUCACGCGUGCCGACUGCAAGACGCACCUGGCGUCUACACCAAAGUCUCUGUCUUCGUGCCCUGGAUUAAAAAGGUCAUUGGCAAGUAGGACCCAGAAAAAUCAACCAAUAACAGACAUUCUGAUUUUGAGGGUAGAAAAAUGAAGCACAAUUUUAGAAUAAAGGUCCUUGCACACAGAGUCUGAAAUUUUUGUAUGCAUUUUUUGUAUUUGUCAAAAUUCAUCAAGCACAGAAUGUCACAAUGGCUAAGGAUGCUAAAAAUGCAGAAAAUUGAACCUGAUUGAAUUUUUUAAGUUUUGGAGCCAGUGUGUAAACGUGAUUGACAUAACAUGAGGUUGUAUUUCUUUUUUUAACGUGCGAAAAUUUCAUAAGAGAAUUUCAGACUCUGUGUGCAAGGAUCUUAAGAAACAUUAGCGCAAAAUAUGUUUUAGAUACAGUAGAGUCAAAAGUUUACAUACACCUUGCAGAAUCUGCGAAAUGCUAAUUAUUCUUAUUCUGACAUGAAUAAGAUUUUGUUUACAUUUAGUCCACAAGAGAAAAUAAUAGUUGAAUUUAUAAAAAAUGACCCCAUUCAAAAGUUUACAUACACUUGAAUCUAUAAAUACUGUGUUGUUACCUGAAUGAUCCACACCAGUGUUUUUUUGUUUUGGUGAUGGUUGUUCAUGAGUCCCUUGUUUGUCCUGAACAGUUAAACUGCCCACUGUUCUUCAGGAAAGUCCUUCAGGUCCCACAAAUUCUUUGUUUUUUCAGCAUUUUUGUGUGUUUGAACC